AUGACAAUCGUUUCUGCCGUCUUCUCGUCCGCAUCUGGUGGAUCGAGUGGCGCUGCUAUGUCAGUCCUCUGCCUCAUGUCAACCUUCUUCCAGGCCUUAGCUCAGGUUAUCAGGGAGGCUAUGUUUCGUGAUUAUUCUCAAUACGCUGAGAAACAUGGCUACAAAAAUAAAAAACUUAACGUCUUCGCUGUGGGCAGUUCAAAUAAUACGUUUGGUAUAAUUUGGGUAUUCCCAGUUUCCAUAUUGAUAGAGCUAUCCAGGACGUCUGACAAUGUACUUGAUGUGAUGGGAGAGGGCUUCCAAACGCUCCUACACGCACAAGGUGCAAUGCCCGCCUUUGUUGUGUUCAUGGUUAUCAACGUCUGCUUCAACAUCACUGUCUUUCUACUUGUCUGCUAUGGUUCAAGUUUGCUUACUUUCGUCUGCUUCAAACUCUCAGUACCCAUAUCCGCAUUCAUGUCGCUUAUUAGUUGGCCUCUUAUUGGUGCCGAUACCAUCACCUGGUUCGAAUGGGUCUGCCUGGUGGUCAUCCUGGCUGGUGUUAUUAUAUUCCGACAUGGUAACGGCAUACGAGAUAAACUCGAGGCCGAGAAUGAGCGGUUGGAUGAGACUCACAACAAGACGAUCCCGAAGGCUAUCAUCUGCUUCUGGCCCAUAUUCCGGCAUCGGAAGCCCGCGAGGGAGGACGAUGAUCCCAAUAAGGGUGUUGCCAUCAACACUGCCUGGUGCUCACCGAGCUUCCUCUCCCACAAAGGCUCAAAAAUAGCUAGCGAGACGGAGAGCCAGAUGACGGAUGUCGAGAGCGAAGGCAAGACUUUUGAAGCACAGCUAGAUGAUCCUGUACGCGAGAGCUAG